AUGAGGUGUCAUAAAUGUUUCUUCACUAUUGCAAAAUUCAAUCACCUUAAAGAUUAUUAUGCUAUACUCAAUAUAUCCUAAAAAAUAGAUAUAAAAAGCCUUAUUAUUCUUUUGCUAAGAAAUUUCUUCGAGAUCUUAAUUAAGCAAAAGAAGAAAAGUUUAAGGAAGUUAAUGAAGCGUAUGAAAUUUAAAUUUUGA